AUGGACUCAGACGAUGGAGUAGUUUGCCAAAUCCGGGCCGGCAAGUGCAUCCUCGAGGGCAACACCGCACGCCCCGACCUGAGGAAGGGCACGCUCAGGCUCCACAGGCGGGACUGCGACCAGGUCGAGGACACGUUCUACGUAUUCGAAGACGCCCUGCUAGAGCGAGUUGAUGAGUGCAAGGACGGGGAGGUGUACGCGCUCAGGUUCACGGGCAACGACCACAAGGUCAUGUAUUGGAUGCAGGAGACCUCGCUCGAUGUCAUCGAGGCGUUCGUCGAUACCGUGAACACCGCUAUCGGCUACAAGGCGAUGGAUACGGACGAUUGA